UCUGCUCCGUCUUCAUACACUAUGAUGAGAUUACCCAUCCUGGCGCUGCUGUCGUCAGCAGUGCUGCUUUGUGGUGCUGCUCCAGCUUUGGAGCCGGUAACAUUCACUGACAAUAACAGCACUGCAGCAGCACGUCUGGCAAUGCAUCACAUCAAUGAGCAUCAUAACCAUGGCUACAAGUUUCAACUCAGUGAGACCCAGGGCUACAAAGCUGAAAAGGUUGACGAAGUCAAGUUGAUUGAGUUGCAGUUGAACCUUCUGGAGACAAGAUGCCAUGUUGUGAACCCCAAACACUUUGAGGACUGUGAAACCCGUAGUGAGGGGGAACGGGCGGUGAAGGCCAACUGCACCGUUAUGAUGACGGUAAAAAAUGGUGACGCCAAAGUCACCAAAUAUGAAUGCGACACACGACAAGCAAAAACCAACUUCGAGAUGGCGAUGAUCUGUCCUGACUGUCCUGUGCUGCUCGCACUCAACACCUCUGAAGGUCUCCAGUCUGCUAAUGAAGCUGUGAGAAAAAUCAACCAGAACACCACCAACAAGCACUACUACAUUCUGCAGGAAGUGGGGCGGAUACAAGCUGGGUACAUUCCGAUGAAAGGGAUGUACUACUAUGUUGAGUUUGCCAUUGUGGAGACUCAUUGUCCAAUGGGAUCCAGAAUUGUUCCUGAGGCAUGCAAGCCCCUUUGCCCUGAGAGAGCUCAUCAUGCUCUCUGCCAGUCAACAUAUUCCCGUGACGAAGGACUCGUGGCUUUUGAAUCCCUGGUGAGCCGGAACCUGUAUGUAGGCACUUUCAUCAUGGGGGCCAUCAUCGUCCUCAUGGACCCCCUUUCCGUGUGGGUGAUCAUGGGCAUCCUCCCCAUGCCGGCCAUGAACGCCCCCCAACCGAUCCCGGCCAGAGAGGACCCCCACCCCAUGUUCAAGAGCACCAUCCCCAUUCUGGCAAUGGAGGAUCACACCACCAUGCUGGAGGCAAAGGAACCUCACUUGGUCAAGAAAGGCCACACCCCUUUGAACCAUUUCAUUCCUGCCACAGAUUCCUGA